AUGGCGGAAGAUGGCUUCUAUAUUCUUCGAGCUACCUUGUGCUGGCUGCCUGUCUUCGAGGCCGUGCACGCGCUGCUGUUUUGGAUUUCAAAGCGGAUCCAUGGUCCCGAGGUCAAAGUCGUUCAUCACGAGUGGGCGAACCUGCUUAUCUCGGUCAUGCAGGCCAUGGUCUCCGGAGUCAUCGGUGCUUACGCCUUGAUGUACGAGGAGCCCUUUGCGAGCACUGCGGCCAAGGUUUUCCGGUUCGAGAUGCCUACUGACACGGUGCACGGCUAUUCUGCAACUUUGCAGCAGGGGCUGCCAUUUAUCUGCGCCUACUUUGCCUACGACCUCCUGAACAUGGUGCUGUUUGUGAGCAGUGAGGCCCUCAUGGUGGCACACCACAUCCUUUGUCUGCUGGUUUGGCCUGUGAGCUUCCACUACAGAGCUGGAUACUUGAGGCCGCACCCAGUCUAUGGUGGUGGGAAGCCCCUUUUUGGCAGCGAUCCUUCAUAUUGCCUACGGCUAAGUGCGAUUUGCGGAAACGUGCGCGAGCUUCACCAGGAGCUUCGCAUGUGCAAGAAUACAGGCAAAGGGGCACCAAGGGUGGGCAAAAAGGGCGACAUACUAACAUAA